GUGACAGGAAAUACCCGCAUGAUUUCCGGGUCGGAGUUUAAAGGCUGAAAUAGUGCGCAGUAAAUCGCCGGAUCUGCGUGGUUGUCACGCCAGGUUUGGUUUGGCUCUCCAUUACUCGGCAAUCGUUAUAGAUUUUCAAAUAGGUUUUGAAUUGUUAAAAAACAUCGGGAUUGUAGUGUUUUUCGGCGUGAUGAAGUUGGUCGGCCAGCGGAGGCCAGCGAAGCGUUUUUGGUAUUAGUCCGCGAGCAAAGGUGAUGCGGUUUGUCGCCUGAUGACCCAAUAUCUGCGUGACGUCACACACACGCACGUCAUCAUCAUCAACAUGGCGUCGGCUUCUUGCAGCACAGAGCCAUCUGCAUCAGGCUCCAUGUCAGCAGCAGAGAGGAGAGCCCAGCGGAUGGCCAAGUUACAGGAGCUCAGUCUCAAGAGGAAUGAGGCCAGGAAGAUGAACCAUCAGGAGGUUGUGGAGGAGGAUCGGAGGAACAAACUUCCUGCCAACUUUGAACAGAAGAGGAAAAGAGAAGAGUGGAAGGAGGAGGAAGAGAAGAAAAGAAAGGAAGCAGAGGAGAAGGGUGAAGACUAUGACAGGUUGCGCAUGUUGGAGUGGACAGCAGAGGAGGUGGAGAAAUGGGAGAGGAAGAAGAAGAAGAAAAACCCUGAUCCUGGAUUCUCAACAUAUGAAGCUGCUGGACUGAGGCAGUACCAGGCUCUGACUAAGAAGAUGAAACCGAAUAUGGAACACUAUCAGCAACAGAAGGAAAAAAUGGGUGAGGAGUUCUACCCUGACAUGAACACACUGGUUGAUGUAACAAGGAAAGACUCUGAAGAGGCUGUGGACAGACUAGUUGCAGACGUGGAAAAACAGAUCGAGAAGAGGGCCAAGUUCAGCCGAAGACGUGGCUUCAACGACGAUGCAGACAUCGACUACAUUAACGAGCGCAACAUGCGCUUCAACAAGAAGGCCGAGCGUUUCUAUGGGAAGUACACGGCAGAAAUCAAACAGAACCUGGAGAGAGGCACUGCCGUCUAGACUCUGGAGCCAGAAUGUCUUCUUAAUUCCUCUGAUAUUUUCCCCCUAUUGUACCCAAGUUUCUACAGACAGGAGACAAUUUGAGCAACCAAAAAUUAAAAAUCACUCAGUGAUCUCUCAAAGACCUUCAGCAGUUAUUGAUAUAGCUGUCAUGGUAGCCAUCAAAUUUUGAACUGGUUCAAAAAGAGUUGGGGUUUAUACAAUGGACAUGGAAUGCACGUAUAGGGGUGCUUCAGUUUUGUAAAAUUUUGACCACACAAUGUUUGCUGUUCUGUUGAGUCUGUAUCCAUCUAGCCGGUAUAACUGCCCUUCAGCGCAACACACCAGCUGCAUGCCUGUGAAGGCCUGUGAAGGCAUGCAGCACGGUGGCAGCUGGCUUUUUUUACACUACACAAUUUGUUACACCUAAUAGUAGCCUUUGCACAGUUCAGUUCAGCCUUUGCACAUCUACCAGUAAGUCUGAACAUUGCUUAAGUUAAAGCUAUCCAGCAGUAAUGAUGCCCCUAUUGUACUUUGUGGCAGCAAGGUCCACUCUACAAUACAAAUACAUGUAUAUAUAGUUGUAGGAAAAAACAAGCAUGACAAAGAUGAGUCAGGAUAAAGGACCCACCACACAC